CAGCCUAAUCGUGAAGUAGGCGGAGUUCAGGCUGCUUUUAGGUGUCAACGUGCUCGCCCUUCACUUCUCUAUUGUGUACAGACGCUGGUAUUGUGUGUAUUGUUGGCUUCUCCUUAGAACAGAGCCUCUUCACCGGCAGAGAAAUUUUAUGAAUAAGAAUCAGAAGCCAGUUCUAACAGGCCAGCGGUUCAAAACAAGGAAGAGGGAUGAAAAGGAGAAAUUUGAACCCACUGUCUUCCGGGAUACAAUUGUCCAAGGUCUUAAUGAAGCUGGUGAUGACCUGGAAGCAGUAGCCAAAUUUCUGGAUACUACCGGCUCAAGGCUAGAUUACCGGCGCUAUGCUGACACUCUAUUUGAUAUUUUGAUAGCCGGCAGCAUGCUAGCUCCAGGUGGGACAAGAAUAGAUGAUAAUGAUAAGACCAAGAUGACAAACCAGUGUGUAUUUUCUGCAGUUGAAGAUCAUGAUGCUCUCCGACAUUAUGCUCAGGUCUUCAAUAAGCUGAUCAGAAGAUAUAAAUAUUUGGAAAAGGCAUUUGAAGAUGAAAUUAAAAAGCUCCUGUUAUUUCUUAAAGCUUUUUCUGAAACUGAGCAAGCAAAAUUGGCAAUCCUCACUGGAAUCUUAUUAGCUAAUGGAAUACUACCUGCUACCAUUUUAACAAGCCUUUUCACGGACAGCAUUGUCAAAGAAGGUAUAGCAGCCUCUUUUGCUGUCAAGCUUUUUAAAGCAUGGAUGCUUGAGAAAGAUGCCAACUCUGUUACCUCUUCUUUAAGAAAGGCUAACUUAGACAAGAGACUGCUCGAACUAUUUCCAGCCAACCGGCAGAAUGUGGAUCAUUUUGCUAAAUAUUUCACAGAUGCUGGUCUAAAAGAGCUUUCAGACUUCCUUAGAGUCCAGCAGUCAUUAGGGACCCGAAAAGAACUACAAAGAGAACUCCAGGAACGUCUUUCUCAAGAUUGUCCAAUUAAAGAGAUGGUGCUUUAUGUAAAAGAAGAAAUGAAAAGAAAUGAUCUGCAGGAACCAGCAGUGAUUGGACUCCUAUGGAUUUGUAUAAUGAAUGCCAUUGAAUGGAACAAGAAAGAAGAACUGGUUGCAGAACAAGCACUUAAGCAUCUGAAGCAAUAUGCACCUUUACUAGCGGUUUUCAGCACCCAAGGCCAGUCAGAAUUGAUCCUUCUUCAGAAAGUUCAGGAAUAUUGUUAUGAUAACAUCCACUUUAUGAAAGCCUUUCAGAAGAUUGUGGUGCUCUUUUAUAAAGCUGAUGUCCUAAGUGAAGGUGCUAUUUUGAAAUGGUUCAAAGAGGCACAUCUUUCUAAAGGCAAAAGUGUGUUUCUUGAUCAAAUGAAGAAGUUUGUGGAAUGGCUGCAAAAUGCUGAAGAAGAAUCUGAAUCUGAAGGGGAUGAAAAUCAAGAUGGCUAAACGAAGCACAAACCAGACAGUAUUACAACUGGCUGCUCUUUCAUAAUUUUAUACUAUCCAAACAGGAUUCUUCCUUCAGUGUCAUACUGAAAUUUUAGGCUGGAUUAUUUUUCUUUUUUAGUUUGUUUAGAAAAAUAAAAUAAAAUAAAAUAAAUAAAUUUUAAAAAGCAUUAGUUGCCAUAAAUGAAGCUUUUUUGGCAAGCUGUAUGCCAUUUAGACAAUGGUAUUCAGCAAGAAGACAAUUAGGGGAAUUGAGAUUAAAAGCUUAAGAAUGUUAUAUUAGCAAAUAUUCAGGUACUUCAUUGUCUGUCCAUAAUUGUUUUUUUUCCCUGUAUACAUAGCUCAGUAUUUGCUUGUGUCAACAUCACUUAAGUUUUUUUUUUAAUUAAAUGGAUUUAUAUAUUCAUGUUUCCAGACUUUUUGUUUAGAAGCGGUUAGUAUGGAAUUAAACUACUACUGAAGUUCUACAGCAAAAAACAUUACCUUAUCCAUAUGGCAAGCUUCUUCCUAAAUAUAACUCACUCUGUACACUACCAACUUGGAAUGUUUCCAAAUUUGAGGUUGAUGCCUCCAGGAAUAUUUGAUGCUCGGGCAGAAAUCCCUGGAUUAAUGAGAUAUUCCACUUAAAAACCUCAAAAAAACCAAAGGAGAGUCAGCGUGCCUAUGUAUAUAGGUAACAUAUAGCCAACCCUAAGAUAUCUGCAUUAAACUGGAUCCUGUUUUAUUUUUUUAAACACUAUGUGACUGUUUUUAUACAAGAGAAACAGUGAUAAAUCGCAAAAAAAGGUUUAAAACCUGUUUAAUUGACUCAAUGGUUAUAUUAACCAAUUAAAAUAAUUU